CUCAGCACAGCGGAGGAGUUAGAAAACCCCCAGAGAGGCAGCCGCUCUGACGGCUGUUACCAGAAGCAGCCUGCGACGGCGGCCAGCGGAAAGCCUCGCAGCUUCAUGCAGGAGCGUGUUUAACCCCGCGUCUGUUUCUUCGGGUUUCAGUCGGUAUAACAUGACUUUUAGCGCCGUGUUGACGCUGCUGCUUGCCGCCUUGUGCUGCCAGCAGGUGGGCUCCGCCAAAUGCUGGACGGUACGUCAAACUGCUGUCUCAGAUGUUGUUCAGGGACAUUGUCCCAUAAACUUGACCUCCGACCCGCCCCAAGCAAUAGAGACUGGCAGUGGAUAUUAUGAAACGAUAAGAGUCCAGGUCUGGAUUAAUUCUACUGACUUUCUUCAGAUUGAAAUGGAAGGAAACUAUAAAGAUGUUCUCAGGCCGUACACGAACUGCAAAAUACAGAAUCAUAUGAAUCAGAAAAUCAGGUGUUGCAAGAAUUCGACGAACUCUCACCGGUGGAAGCUGGAGUCUGACUUCAAAGCUGCCUCUAGAAAGAACGCUUCUGUGUCGUACAGCUCAAAGUCGAUAAACUGCAGUGUUCAUUAUGUUGUUCCAGCUCCUCAGCCAGACUUCAGGCUGUCUGUGAAUAAGUCGUCCAAAACCAUUUCAGUCCAUGUGGAUUCUGGAGACCCGGUGAAAGUCAGAUGGUGUUAUGAAAAAGAUUCUGGCUGCUACAGUGACGGUCAACCACUAAGCACAAGCCGCUCAGCUGUUAUCGCCAUCCCCCACCUGCUGCCCUGUGUGUGUGUAGAGGUGUACUACACCUACGAAGAUGCCUCACGACGUAGAAAGUGCCCAUUUCGAAAUGAAAGUCUUAUUGACAACAGAGAAAUCCUGCAGACCUCUGAGGUGACGAUGUACGAUUCCCACUUGUUGUGGGUCCCGCUGUGUCCUGAAUGCAGAAAGAAAGUCUCUGCUGCCCUCUGCUGGAAGAUGCAUAAAAACGUCUGCAUACCUAUUCCCAACUCCACUCUGGAGACGAGCAAUGACCCUGCCCUGCAAAUUAAAACAUCCACAGUGGAUAAACACCCCCAGAUAUGUGUGCAGUUUUUCAUUCAAGAUAGCCACUCCAUCUUUUGUCUCUUCGAGAACGAUAAACCUUCUUGGGAAACACAUAUCACGCCCGUCAGACAGAGCAUGUUGGUGCAUAUUACCUUCACUCUGUCCGCAAGGUUUUCAGCUCAACUCUGUCUUCUUACUGAGGCAGGAUGUGUGCCUCGGGGACAAAUCCACUCAGAAACACUGGCCACCAAUAACCAAUCAGUCGGGAUAAAUGUACCCAUUCAGGACAUUACUGAGAGGUUAUGUGUGCAGGUGUGGCAAUCAUAUCCGGCUCUUAGUGGGAGAAGAAUCCUGUGCCCGGACUACACACACAACAGGCGGGGUGUGUACGCAGCUGGAGUUUUGCUACUUGUUAUCAUCUGCAUGCUACUUGGGUGCUUCAUUCACCGUGCCACCAAAAGCGGAAUGGCAGGAUGGCUGACCAUUCAGAGGCCGGUGCUGCUGGUGUGCUCGUCGGAUCAGUCGGCCCACGUCUCUGCUGUGUGCGCCUUGGCCUCCAUACUGCAUGAGGAACUGGAUGCACCAGUGCACACUGCUCUUUGGACCCAAAGCUCUCAAACGCAGGCUCAGAACGGGGCUAGUGUGGCGGAUCUGGGUCCGCUUCCUUGGCUGUACGGGCAGUGGGAAGCUGUCCGUAAGGCGCAGGGAAAAAUGCUGAUCAUGUGGAGUCCUGAAGCUAAAAGGACUUAUCAGAGAUGGAGAGUCAAUAGGGUGGAUAUGGAUAAUAGUUGGAGAACUGACAAAAUCAGGGCACCAGUGCAUGACCAUUUAAAGGUGACUGGGUCAAGGGUUGAAAAAGAUAUCAAUGAGAAAUGUAUAGAAAGCGAAAGAGCUAAUUGUUUUGAGGAUGAAGAUUCACAAAAGGAGCCAUCUACUGUUAUAAAGCCCGUGUUUGUGGCUGCUCUGGCUUCUCUGGAAGCAGCACUGCUGGAGGGCAAAGGUAAAGAUGUUGCCAUUGUUUACUUCCAGGGCCUUUGCCACAGCCGGGACAUCCCGCAUGCCUUCAAAGGGGUGCCUCGCUUCUGUUUACCCCAAGAAUUCAGUGGACUCAUACAGGAGCUGGCAGAGGUGAGAGAAGGGACAAAAAGCGCAGAGGUCAGAUGGCGCUGCUGGCCCAGACUCCUGUCUAAAGUUCUGUCUGUGUGGCUGGCUCGCCAGCUGACCCAAAGGCUACAAACCGUUCUGCCUCAGACACGAGCACAGCGUGUCCCAUCAGCAAUAAAAACGUCAUUGGAUCAGACAAAGAGCAAGUGGAAGCUGCCUGUCGUUGGCUCGCCUGGAAGCAAACAGGAGCGGGAGCUUCUGCACAGGUAGCUAUGGGGAACUGGGAAGCUUUGAUCUCAGGUUUCACACUCCAGAAAUUUGCCCUGCGGUAAACAUGAUCCUUGAGAUUCUGUGAGGUAACAUGUCACUGUUGAGCCUUUGGGAGCGGCUCACUAAAACCGUUUGUUGCUUGCUCUCACUUGUUUUGCAUAUCAAGGAGAGGCAAACCCUCUGUCUUGUUCCCCCAUAUUUCACUACUCAAAACAGAGGCAGCUUUAUGCUAACCUCUCGUGAUAGAGGCGGAGAGCGAACACCUGCCUUAUCUCUGAAAGUAUGCUAACCACUAUGAAAAUGGACUUGCAAAUUAUUACUUCACUUUCUUCGUAUACUCGCUCAGUGUUUUCGCAUGCUGUGACAACGCAGGUGACGAACUGUAUGGGUGCUGUUCGCUGUGGCAGACACAUUUGCAUAGGAUUUUCUAAACACAUGCACAUAGCCACGACAGUCUCAGGAUUUCCUUUGUUAGAAUGCAGCAGUGUUGAAAGAUGAAGAUGACUGACUUACUUGCAAGUUUUGAUUGUUUUCAUGUUAUGACCCUGCAAGUUCAGCCAUGUUUGCUUUUGGCAAUUCUGAUUAUACUGCAGACAUACUACCUCAAAUUCCAGGUAAUGCAUCUUGUUUACGAAACUUUAUUUGUAUAAUUUGUCGCCGGGAGUCAUUUGAUGAAGAUAAAUCUAAUCCAGUGUUAGUUACUUAAACGUAAGCUCUUACCUCAAAAAUCUCAGAGCAUUAGAGCAAGAAAAGCAUGACUGAGGUACUUUCCCACAUCUGUCCCCUUUGUACAAAAGAGACCCAUCAAAGGUCAACGGUUAAAUUUAUGCAAAGCAACUUUAAACUGUAAGCUUAAACUGUAGACACGACAGGAUAUCUGCAGAUGGAUAUGAUUGCCACUGUAGGAAAUGUUUGUGCAGCUCUUUUAUGUUUGUUUUCCCUGCUUCAGUAAACCAUGUUUAGCGUUAGCCUUGCACUGCUGGCAUUAUACAACAAUGUAGAAUAAUAAAAUGCCUUUGAUAGAAAAAAAAAAAGUGUACUUUGUGAAAAUCUCAUCACAUGCACCCUGUGUUAUAUGACAUUCGUGCGGGAUAACGUUUUUACUCUACAGAACCUUGCAAAAAUUCACACACCUUGAACAUUUUCAUAUACUUUCAUGAUCUCUAUAUUUGGAUUUUAAAUUAACAGAACAACACAGAAUAGUGCGCAGUGGUGAAGUGGAAGCAAUUGCAGCUGAAAAUCUUUUAGCUGGCAAUGGCUUUCUUCCUAUCACUCUUCUGUCUGUAAAGGACAGAUUUAUCUAGUCCAUUACUUAUAAUUUCAUUGUUUACAGAUUCUCCCUCCCGAGCAGUGAA